UUACAAUAUUAGCAGGAACAAAGAAAUGAACGCAUGAAAAUCCCCUAACUUUAUUAAUAGAGAUCGUUUUUGGGGGGUCGAGUGAUUUGUUCGGUUGUAAUGCUUUUAUAUAGAUGACAUGAUUUUUUUUUUUUUUUUUUUUUUCCCUCACAUCCGAGAUCUGCACUACCAUUAGGAAUAAGGUGAGUAUUUCAUAAAUACAGCAGUACAAAUAAAGCCUCUGGGUGUCUUACGUUUGAUUGCGGAACAAAAGAGUAAACCGAACAAAGUACAUUGAGCGGGAAAUCCUCUGCUUGUUUGAAAAGAGGGAGCGCGCAAUCAUUGGCUAGCAGUCAUAAGCACACGUCACAGAUUAGCCAAUCACAAGUCUCGGCACUCGGCACGUGAGCUCAUGGCCAUGCAAUGCUUUAAAAGCAGGCGUGUAACAUAAAGUUGCAUUUCCAGCGCAAACAGGACCAAGAGAGAAGUACAUUGCAGCAAUGGCAAGAACCAAGCAGACCGCUCGUAAGUCCACCGGUGGCAAAGCCCCGAGGAAGCAGCUCGCUACCAAAGCCGCCCGUAAGAGCGCUCCGGCCACCGGCGGUGUCAAGAAGCCCCAUCGCUACAGGCCCGGGACCGUGGCUCUCCGAGAGAUCCGCCGUUAUCAGAAGUCCACCGAACUGCUGAUCCGCAAACUGCCCUUCCAACGGCUGGUGAGAGAAAUCGCUCAGGAUUUCAAGACGGAUCUGCGCUUCCAGAGCUCCGCUGUCAUGGCCCUGCAGGAGGCCAGCGAGGCUUAUUUGGUCGGUCUGUUUGAGGACACCAACCUGUGCGCCAUCCACGCCAAGAGGGUCACCAUCAUGCCCAAAGACAUUCAGCUGGCCCGCCGCAUCCGCGGAGAGCGCGCCUAAACCCGCAUCAGCCACAUCAAACCCCAAAGGCUCUUUUAAGAGCCACCAAAACUACACUGAACGAGACCAGUUCCAGUUUAACGCUUAAUAGGAGUCGAAAGUUGCAUUAACACUACCUGGGUCUUUAACCAUUACUAUUGUGUAAUAAUAGGGGGGAAAAAAAAUUAAAUAUCCCCCUGACUGCUAGAAAAAGUAGUGGACACCAGAACUAAAAAAUAAGACCUAAAUAGACAUGAAAAGGCAAAAACGGGGAUUUUUUUUUUUUUUUUUUUAUAAAUCUCC